GGUGAUCUGCAGAAAGAAAAAUGCUCAAUAAUGGUUGGUGAAUAAAAGACCUAAUCAAAUACUGGACCCUGCCCUUAUGGAACUCAAGGCUAUUAGAGCAGAUAAAAUGUCAUAAAUCACCAUAAUAUAAGUUGGAUGGUGGGCAAGGUCAUUAGCAAGGGCAGGCAAAGAACUGUGAUGGUUCAGAGGCACCAGAAAUAUCUUCCUGUGGUAGAGAAUGGAGGAGGUGGCCUUCGAGCUGAGUCUUGAACCGUAGAAGGGAUUGAGACAGGAGAGAGAGUAAAACUAUUUAACAGGGUAGUGAGUGCACAAGUACUGAUUCAUGACAGUGGAAGCUGGCUGGGGCAUUCAAGUGGGGUCCUUGGGCCUCUGCUUUGCCAGACAUUACCUCUUUAGAGAAGAGAUCAGUAGAGUCCCCAGGGAGGAGCGAGGUAGCAGGAGCGCCCUGAAGCUAGGGACUAGUUCUCAACAGGAUUAGAGAUAUUUCAAUAUAUUUCUCUAAUCCAUACAACCAUAAUGGUACAUAUCUACUGAAUGUUAGCUGCAGAUAGGAACUUCCUGAGAUGGCCUUACUCUCUUUUGGUUUGUUGGAGCCGUAGGGACCUUACUAGAAUGUGAGCUACAGAACAGUAGAGGCAGUUCUGUAGUUCAAUGCUGAAUCCCUAGGGCUUAGAAUGGUACCUGGAGGAUUGGAGGAGGCUGAAUAAAUAUGUCUCAAAUGAAUAGGCAUACUGGGAACCCCAAGUCCAUUCUUGGGUCCUUCCACUCUUCAUCUCCUUGCACCUGCUCUCCCCCUCAAAUCCAUGCUCCACACCAGCCCUCAACACAACCUAAUAAGAGAAUUGUCAUAUUCUGCCAGAUUCUGUCAAUCUCCUGCACAAGAUAUUUGGUGCCUUUCCUUUCCACAAAAUACUAUCCUCCCCAUUGUUUUUAGCAAUUGAAUUGCUACUUCUUCAAAGUCCUGAUCAGAUUUUUUCUACUUUUGUAUUACUUUCUGAGGCAGAAUUAAUUCUCUCCACUGAAUAUUGUGAUAGUGUUUGCCCUCACUCACUAGACAAUGAGCAGCUCCUCAGGACAGGGACUGUGUCUUACUCAUUUCUGUACCUUUAGUCCAUAGCCCAGUGCUGGACAUAGUAGAUGCUAACUAAAUAUUUGUUAAAUAUAAGAGUGAAUGGUAUUCCCAGCAGUGAGAACUAGAUGAACAAAGGUGGUCAAAGGUCUGGGGGAAAAAUGAAUAGUUUAAUUUGGCUGGAGUAUGAGGGAGAAUAGUAGGAGAUAAAAUGAAUGGAAAGGUUUCUUGGGUAAGAUUUUGAAGGGCGUAGAAGUCAACUAGAGGAAGAAGAUUGGCAGAUGGAAUCCAAUGAAGGUUUUUGAGCAGAGGUGUAAUAUGAUGAAAAAUAAAUUCAGCUUAAGCCAUCACAGUCCCCCUCCUAUAUAUACUCAGUUUUCCAUUUAUACUGAGAUUCGCCUCCCACCCACCUAUCUGUCUACCCACUCCCAGGCUUCCCCAGCAGCUUGUCCUACCCCUUUAUCUGCUCCCUGGCUAGGCCAGGGAUAUAUACAUGGGCUGCUUCGCCCCUCAGCCAGAGGCUGUGGGGGCCCCAACUCCCUGUCUUUCCCCUUCUCUGCCUGGGGCUGGGAAGCAGGCCAGUGUUAGCUGAGGCUGGCUGGUGAGCAGCUGGGCGGUGCCAGGGAGAGCCUGUCUAGUGCCAGGUGGUGCCUUGGGUUCCAGGCUGAGCCUAUGACCCCGAUAACCUUCUGCCUGUGCACAUACCUGCCCCUCACACCACCCCCAUCCAGGCUUUGGUAUCGGGGAAGGGGCACAGGGCCAGGCAGACCCACGGGACUUUGGCUCCAUCUCUACAAAAGGGCCCUCUGUGAGUCAGCCUGCUCCCCUCCAGGCUUGCUCCUCCCCCACCCAGCUCCUGUUUCCGAUGCACGUACAGCCCGUACACACCGUGUCUGGGACACCCCACAGCCAGCCGCAUGGCUCCCCUGUGCCCCAGUCCCUGGCUCCCUCUGUCGAUCCCAGCCCCUUCUCCGGGCCCUGCCCUGCAACUGCUGCUAGUACUGCUGUUCCUGGUGCCUGCCGGUCCCCAGAGCCUGUCCCGGAUGCAGGGGACGCCCGGGUUGGGAGGAGAUUCAUCUGGGGAAGAUGAUCAACUGGACGAGGAAAACCUACCCAGUGAAGAGGAUCCACCCGGACAGGAGGACCCACCUGGAGAGGAGGACCCACCUGGAAUGAAGACCGAACCAGGAAAAGAGGACUCUCUGAAGCUGGAGGAUCUACCUACUGUUGAGGCACCCAGGGACACCCAAGGCUCCCAGAAUAAUGCCCACAGGCACAACAAAGGGGAUGACCACGGUCACUGGCGCUAUGGAGGCGACCUGCCCUGGCCCCAGGUGUCCCCAGCCUGCGCAGGCCGCUUCCAAUCGCCGGUAGAUAUCCGCCCAGAGCUCGCCGCAUUUUGCCCCGCCCUGCAACCGCUGGAACUCCUGGGCUUUGAGCUCCCGCCACUCCCAGAACUGCGCCUGCGCAACAAUGGCCAUACACUGCAGCUGACUCUGCCUCCGGGGCUGGAGAUGGCCCUGGGCCCCGGGCGGGAGUACCGCGCCCUGCAGUUGCAUCUGCACUGGGGGGCGGCGGGUCGCCUGGGCUCAGAGCACACGGUUGACGGCCACCGUUUCCCAGCCGAGAUCCAUGUGGUUCACCUCAGCACUGCAUUUGCCAAAGUUGACGAGGCCUUGGGGCGCCCAGGGGGGCUGGCCGUGUUGGCCGCCUUUCUGCAGGAGGGCCCGGAAGAAAACAGUGCCUAUGAGCAGUUGCUGUCGCAUUUGGAAGAAAUCACUGAGGAAGACUCAGAGACUUGGGUCCCAGGACUGGAUGUAUCUGCACUGCUGCCCUCUGACCUCAGCCGCUACUUCCGCUAUGAGGGGUCUCUAACCACACCCCCCUGUGCCCAGGGGGUCAUCUGGACUGUGUUCAACCAGACCGUGAGGCUGAGUGCUAAGCAGCUCCACACCCUCUCUGGCUCCCUGUGGGGACCUGAUGACUCACGGCUACAGCUGAACUUCCGAGCGACACAGCCUUUGAAUGGGCGAAUGAUCGAGGCCUCCUUCCCCGCUGAAGUGGAGAGCAGUCCCAGGACUGUUGAGCCAGUCCACCUGCAUUCCUGCCUUGCUGCUGGUGACAUCCUGGCACUGGUUUUCGGCCUCCUCUUUGCUGUCACCAGCAUCGCCUUCCUUGUGCAAAUGAGAAGGCAGCAAAGGCUCCGAAGUGGAAGUGGGACCAAAGGGAAUGUUAGCUACCACCCAGCAGAGGUCACAGAGACUGUUGCCUAGAGGCCUUGGAACUUGGAGAAUGUGCAGAGAAGCCAGCCAGAAGAAUCUGAGGGGGAGCUGGAGACUGUCCUGUCCUACCCUUUAUACCACUUCCUUUUUAAGGUCCAAAUAUUUUUUUAAAUAAAUGUUUCUGAUAAAACAUAUGGAAGACAGCUUUGUUCCCCAAAUCAGGA